AUGAAAACAACCACGAUCAAUAGGGUGCGAAUUCUUUGUGAUAAAGGAAAUAAUCACCCACCUUCAGUUGGGCCUGAUAAGUCGUCUAGCAUGCAAACUUAUGAACCUACAACAAAUAAUGACUUGAUUGCAGCUUUAUACAAUAGUGAAGAGCCAGAUGAUGAAAUUCUUAAUGAAGGCGAAGUCGAUCGUUAUCUCCGUGAACCUGUUGAGAAAAGGGGCUCCGGAUGA